UUGCAUUCAUCACAGCCCACAGGCAUCUCGCAGUUCGUCACAGGAGCGCAGCAAAAUUGCGGGUGUUUGCAGUGGGACUUUCACAUCGAUUAUUCGGGCAAAUACGACGUUGUGGGAUCAUCAGCGGAUUUUAUCUGUCUUCCAAUGGUAACGACCUUGGGGGAAAAAUAGCUAAACUGCGAAGCAAAUAGUCUCGUAUCUAAAAUCAACUGCAAGCGUUCUUCUCAAACGGGCCAUCAAACCUAAAGCUCGUACAGGCAUGUCGCACAGAAGAAGCAGAAGCAGUACGCCACCCUCGUACACCACCAACAGCAAUGACCCUCGUGACCUGGAGCGACGGAUUUUUGUUGGAAAUUUGCCCACCGCACACAUGGCGAAGAAGGACAUGGAGGAUCUGUUCAAACCAUAUGGCAAAAUACAGGCUUUGUCCCUGUUUCGUGGGUAUGGAUUUGUGCAGUUUGAACGAGUGGAAGAAGCUGAGGCCGCUAGAGAUGGACAAAAAGGUCGAAUUUAUAGAGGUUAUAAACUAGAUGUAAAUAUGGCAGCUGAGAGACGACAGACUAAACCCAGAUCGAGCCCUCCACGCAGACCAGCUGGCGGUUACGGGGAAGGGCGAGAGGCCCGUCCACGCUCUCGAUCCCCAAUGCACGGGCGAGAUGCUCGAGACCACCGUGAUGGGCGGGAGAUAAGAGAGCACAGCCGCGAACCUCGGACUGGUCCUUCCCGCGAACACGAAGAGGAGCGAUACAGGGGCUCUGAGAGCAGAGAGAAAGACCCUCACUUUAGAGAAGAAGGUUAUGAUCGAUAUUACCGUGGAGAGUAUGACUAUCAUCGGAAGAAAGACGAGCCGUACCCGGAACGCUACAGGGAGCCGUGGAACGGCAGAAGAGAUCCUGAGGAAGAGAGGAUGCGUCCAGAGGAGCGCCGGAGGAAUGAGCUGUACCGCCAAUAUUACGAAGAACUGCAGAGGCGCCUCGACGCAGAACGACCAGUGGACUGUUCUGUCAUAGUUGUCAACAAGCUGCAAAAGGAAUAUGCCGAGACUGUGGGCAGGAAGGUCCGUGAUCUGGGUAUGGUGGUAGAUCUCAUCUUCCUCAAUACCGAAGUGUCCCUGACUCAGGCGCUGGAGGAUGUGAGUCGGGCCCGUACGCCAUUCGCCAUCAUUAUAACCCAGCAGCAUCAAGUACAUCGUUCCUGUACGGUCAAUAUCCUGUUUGGGACCCCACAAGAGCAUAGGAACAUGCCAAUGCAGGAUGCCAUGGUGCUGGUGGCUCACAACUUUGACACCUUUAAAGUUGAGCACCGUGCCAAAGAGAGAGACGAGAUCGCCGUAAAGGCUGCAAAGAUGGCGGACGAUGUGUUGUUGAGGGAACAUGACAGGGAGAGGCAUCCAGCGGCUCUCCUGACUCACAUCACCUUGUUAACUGAGGGCAGGUUUAUGACUCCAGAAGAGUUAACCAGGCUGAUUGAAUAUCUGAGAGAGAAAAGAGAUCGUCUUGUCAGAGGCUCAACAGACCCGGGAACACUCCCCUCGGCUGUCACUCACGAUCCCAUCCAGCCGACUCAGACUCUAAGUGCUCCUUCUCAGCCUUCAUACAUGCACGCUACCCACCUGCCUACUGCAUCUGCCCCAGCCUCCUCCACCAACAGCCAGCAGCAGCAGCAGGAGCUCCAGGCCAAAAUCCUCAGCAUCUUCAACAGCGGCGCAGGCUCUGCUUCAGCUCCCAGCGUGGCCCCGGUGUCCCAACCGCAGGGAUACACAUCCUCCCUCGGCCCUCAGAACACAGGGAUCCAAUCGUCUCUGUCUACGGGAGGCAUGCCUAAAAUCUCCGCAGUACAGCCACCGAGCAUGAUGAGCGCUCGCCCCGCCCUGAGACCUCCAGGCAGCCGUAUGCCGGGUCCACCCAGGCCGACAUCCGGCGCGGGCACCGGGAUUAACUUCGAUAACCCCAGUGUUCAGAAAGCCCUGGAUACGCUAAUUCAGAGCAACCCUAUUAACCACUUGGUGAGCAUGGGAGGAGUGGGUCAGUCGACCAGACCAGCCCCUCAGGGCAUGGGCGCGGGGAUGGAUCAGGGCCCGUCACAAAUUUCUCACUAUUCACGUCAUUACUGAAAUCUCACAACAGAUAAGUCGAUGUUGUUCUGAAGUAUCGUAAAUUAUUUUUUGUUGUGAUAAAAACCUUGAUUUCAGUGAAGUCAGAGUUGAAGUCAUAAUUUUCAGGUUUUACGGUUUGGUUUUUCUUUUCUCUUCCAUGUCAUGUUAGAUAAAAAGGAGCAUCAUUUGUUGUGUUAGGCUGCAUCUUGUAGACAGGAAUAUUUUUGUUGUUUUAUAAAAUCGGCGCAAUGUAUAUAGAUGCUAACUCCUGACUUAAUAAACUCAUUUUUAAAUAAA